AUGUUCAACUGGGGGCAAUGCAAGGGCCCUGUCUGGCGGAGUGAUGAUUCCACCGACUGCUUCCAAAAUGACUACCUCAUGGGAAUCAUCCCCCUCAUCGCGAGCGCAGUCUCAAUACUAUAUCUUACCUACCAACUAAUCCAAACCGCCGUCAACUCGAAAUCCUCUUCUACCUAUAAACCUGUUAAUCCUAAAAAUGCCCACCCUUGGGACUCUCGCAAUCCCACCGCUCAAGAUGGCGAAGAUACCGACGAUGACUCGGACGAGUUCGACAGAAACGAACAUCUCGCCAUCCGUACCGUUCGCACCCGUAACACCGAGAUGUCUGUCGUCGACAAGCCUCGAGGCCAACUCGUCCUCCCCGUCAUUGAAGAGCUUGCUGUCCUGGCCGAGGUUGGCAUCAAUGCUGCUGCUUGCGCCACUGGCAUUUGGAAUUGGAGUAGGGUUACAAUCAUCUGCAGUACUGCUUUGUGGUCGUACGUUGCAGUCUUGACUACCCUGCGUCUCUACUUCUCCAGCACCAACAACUACUCGUUCAACAAGCUCUGGUACCACACCGGUUUCCUCUACGCCACCCAAUGGGUCUGCGCCUUCCUCCUCUUCCGCUCAGCAAUGAUCCACCCAGUCUCUAUGGGUGCGCAAGCGCUCACGAGCACUCACUUUGCGCUUACCACUCUGCUGACUCUGAUCAUGCUCACCUCACGUAAGGGUAACAAGCCCGUUGAACUCGAGUACGAAGGCGACAUCGAGCCAUCAAGAGAGUCUCUGGCCAGUGUACUUUCUCUCGCUACCUUCUCCUGGCUUGACCCCAUCAUCUGGAGGGGUUACAAGAAGACUACCGAGUUGUCGGACGUCUGGAACCUCAACCCCAGAGACAAGGCUGAAGCUGUCCUCUCCGACUACCGCCAGGUCAAGAAAACCUCGAUUCUCGCAUGGCACUUGUUGAAGUACUUUAAGCGUGGCUUGCUCGUCCAAGCUGCAUGGGCCGCACUGUCUGGAGUCAACCUUUUCGUUCCCACGCUUCUGCUCAAGGUCAUUCUGGAGUACGUUGAGAACCCGGCCGGUACCCCAGUCAACGCUGCAUGGUUCUACGUUAUCUUGCUGUUUGUUUCUGGUCUCGUCUCUGCUCUCUCCGGUGGUCAAGCUCUUUGGGUCGGCAGAAAGACCUGUAUCCGUCUGCGUGCUAUCAUCAUUGGUGAAAUUUAUACCAAAGCUCUGCGCCGUAAGACUGCAGCAGCGGGUGACAAGGUUCUUGGUGAGGAAGAAAAGAAGAAGACGAAUGUCGACGAACCUCCUGCACCUAAGGGGUCUGUCAAGGAUGCUCUCCUUAAAAAGGUCAAGUCGUUUUACAAGGGUAAGAAGACCUCGGAGGCCACCAAGGAUGUCCCAAAGAAGGAGGAGAACACCGAGCAGGUCAAUUCUGGUACAAUCAUCAACUUGAUGGCCGUCGACGCCUUCAAGGUCAGUGAAAUCUGCGCCUAUCUGCACUUCCUCUGGGCAGAGACACCUGUUCAGUUCGCCCUCGCCAUCUACCUUCUCUACAGCAUUCUGGGCUACAGCAGUAUUGCUGGUAUCGCCAUGAUGGCAUUGCUCCUUCCUAUCAACCUCUUCAUCGCCAAGCAGUUCACCAAGGCGCAAAAGAAGAUUCUCGCAGCUACUGAUGCUCGUAUUCACACCACCAACGAAGUGCUGACCAACAUUCGUAUUAUCAAGUACUUUGCUUGGGAGCAGCGCUUCCUUGGUCAGGUCGACGAGAAGAGAGCAAUUGAACUCAAGAACCUUCGUAACAGAUACAUCGUUUGGGCCGCCGCAGCCACCAUCUGGGGAGGAGCUCCCAUGGUCAUCACUUUCCUUACCUUCCUCGUUUACACUAUGGUCGAGAAAAAGGAUCUGGUCCCAUCUGUCGCUUUCACCGCUCUUUCGCUCUUCAGUCUUUUGCGCAUCCCCCUGGACCAGCUUGCCGAUAUGGUCGCACACGUUCAGGAAUCCAAGGUGUCUGUUGACCGUAUCGAGGAAUAUCUCAACGAGCCCGAGACCGACAAAUACAACCAACUCCAAGACAAGGAAUUUGACGAAGACGGUAACCAUGUCAUUGGAUUCGAGAAUGCAACUUUCAGCUGGGGUGGUGGCACUGAAGCCGAUGACUUCAAGAUGAUUGAUCUCAACAUGCGCUUCCGAAUUGGCGAACUGAACGUCAUUGUCGGUCCCACUGGCAGUGGCAAGACAUCUCUUCUUAUGGCUCUUCUUGGUGAAAUGUCCAAACUUGAUGGCCAUGUGUACUUGCCAGGUGGUACAAGCAGGGAGGGACUCAAGACUGACCCGGAUACUGGAUUGGUUGAGAGUGUCGCAUACUGCGCUCAACAGGCCUGGCUUGUCAACGGAACCAUCAAGGAAAACAUUGUUUUCGCUAGCCCUUGGAACCCGAGACGCUACAAGGAUGUCAUCGUCGCUUGCUCUCUGCAACGUGAUCUCGAGAUUCUUGACGGUGGUGACCAGACUCUUGUUGGUGAGAAGGGUGUGACUCUUUCCGGUGGACAGAAGCAACGUAUCUCUCUCGCUCGUGCACUUUACUGCAAUGCCAGACACGUUCUCCUCGACGAUGUUCUUUCCGCAGUCGACGCCCAUACCUCCAAGUGGAUCUUCGAGAAGGCUCUCAGAGGCCCUCUCAUGCUCAACAGGACUUGUAUCUUGGUCACUCACAGCACUACCCUCUGUCUUCCCCAUGCUGCAUUUGCCGCCGUACUGGACAACGGCAGAGUCAGUACACAAGGUAGUGCCAGGGAUGUCAUUAUGUCUGGAAAGCUCACUGAAGACCUUAGCACGGCCUUGGAAGAGUCCGAAGGCGGAGCAUCAGUCAUCCCAUCUCGCGUACCUUCUGGGAUCGGUGGUGACAAGGCAUUCGGUGCGAACGGAAAUGCCAAUGGAGAGGCCGCCGAAGAGAACGGUGCAAUCGAUUAUGAGGAAAACACUCUCCACAAGGUCGUCACUAAGGAUAUUCCUGGCAUGAACAAGGACAUUGGUGAUGUCGCCGCUCCUGUCGAAACCAAGGCUACUGGAAGUGUCAGCUUCAAGGUCAUCCUCAUGUACUUCUCUUACAUGGGUACAUGGUACUACUGGGUCGUGACUGCCAUGAUGUUUGCCCUUCAGCAAGUUUCGCAGGUUUCGACCAACGUCUGGAUUCGUCAAUGGGCCAACGCCUACGCUGAUAAGCGCGAGAUGUCUGUCAUGGGCGUCUACACCCAACCUCGCCAGCUUACUCAUGUGUUCAGUGGUAUUGGCGGUGGAGCUUCUUGUGUCAAAAGUGGAUCCUGUCUCUGGGGUCUGCCCUCCUUUGGCACUUCCAAUGUCACCGAACAGUUCUCUAUUCGUUCAGAGAGUUCCAACGAUGUCGACGUUUCCUACUACCUCGGCGUCUACGGUGUUCUCGGUCUUAUCUACAUGCUCAUCACAGUCUCGCGCGAAGGUGUCCUUUUCUACGGAUCUUUGGUUGCUUCUAAGAGAAUACACAGAAAGCUUAUGGAGUCUGUCACUCACGCCAAGUUCCGCUUCUUCGAUUCUACUCCUCUGGGUCAGAUCAUGAACAGGUUCUCCAAGGAUGUCGAGGCUAUUGACCAAGAAAUCGCCCCUGUUGCUGUCGGAGUAGUCCACUGUAUGGCCUCGAUCAUCACCACUGUUAUUCUUAUUUCGGUCAUCACUCCUCGUUUCCUGAUUGCUGGUGUCUUCAUCAGUGUUCUCUACUUCAUGAUUGGUGCUUUCUACAUCAAUGCUGCUCGUGAUCUCAAGCGUCUUGAGUCUGUGCAGCGCAGUCCUUUGUACCAGCAGUUCGGUGAGACCUUGUCAGGCAUGACAACCAUCAGAGCUUAUGGUGACGAACGCCGCUUCAUCCGCGAAAACAUGCAGAAGGUCAACACUCACUCGAGACCUUUCAUCUACGGUUGGGGCACUAACCGUUGGCUCGCAUUCCGUGUCGAUGUAACAGGUGCUUUGGUCUCCUUCUUCACUGGUUCUUUCGUUAUCAUGAGCGUCGGUAAACUCGAUGCUGGUGCUGCUGGUCUGGCCAUGACGUACGCUGUUACUUUCACCGAAAACGUCCUGUGGUUUGUCAGACUCUACUCGAUGAACGAGCAAAACAUGAACGCUGUCGAGCGUAUUAAGGAAUACUUCGAGGUCGAGCAAGAAGCGCCAUACCAGAUUGAAGACAAGAAGCCUUUGCCCGACUGGCCCAGCCAAGGUGCUGUCGAGUUCAAAGACUACAGCACUAGAUACCGUAGCGAUUUCGACAUGGUGCUCAAGGACCUCAGCUUCAAGAUCUUGCCCGGCGAGAAGGUCGGUGUUGUGGGCAGAACAGGUGCGGGUAAGAGUUCAUUGGCUCUUGCUCUUUUCAGAGCUCUCGAAGCCGAGAAGGGAAGCAUCGUCAUCGAUGAUGUUGAUGUUAGUGUCAUCGGCCUUCAGGACUUGCGUGAGAACAUUGUCAUGGUUCCUCAAGAUCCCACGCUCUUCACCGGCACCAUCAGGAGUAACCUUGACCCCUUCGGGCUGUUCACUGACGAAGAGAUCUUCACCGCACUUCGACGAACACAGCUUGUUGGUGCUGCCUCUGCCGAGCCGUCGCGUGCCCCAUCACCGACAAAUGGCGAAGUCGUAUCUGCCGAAGCUGCCACCGACUCUCCCGCCACUCUGGAGAACAAGAACAUCUUCACCAACCUUUACUCGCCGGUCGCAGAGUCUGGUAGCAACCUCUCGCAAGGCCAGCGUCAACUCCUGUGUCUGGCACGUGCUUUGCUCAAGGACCCCAAGGUCCUGCUCAUGGACGAAGCAACUGCAUCCAUCGAUUACGCCACUGAUGCCAAGAUUCAAGAGACCAUUCGUGAGAUUAAGAACACGACCAUCACUAUUGCUCACCGUCUGCAGACCAUUGUUGACUACGACAAGGUCUUGGUCCUCGACAAGGGCGAGCUGAUUGAGUUUGGCGCUCCUUGGGACCUCAUCAGAAUGGACAACGGCAUCUUCAAGGGCAUGUGUGAAAUGUCGGGCGACUUUGAUAUCUUGAUCAAGGAGGCUGAAAAGGCGCAUAAGUCGCGCCAGUUGGUCGAUGUUGAUGCUUAA